AUGGCGGCUCAGGGGCCUGCGGCGGCGAGAUCCAUGCCGGACUGGAGCUCCGGCCUCCCAUCGGAGCUCCUCGAGGUCAUCGGGAAGCGCCUCGCCUCCGGCACCGACGCGGCGUCGUUCCGGUCGGUCUGCUCGCCGUGGCGCGACGCCGUGCCGUUCCAGGCCUUCGCGCCGCUCCUGCUGCUCCCGUUCGGGCCCGACUCGGAGCGCGUCGCGCUCUACAGCGUCGACGAGGAGAGGACGUUCUCCCUGCCGUGCGGCGCGUCGUGCGGGUGGCUGGCGCUCAUGGACGGGUCCGCGGCCGUCACGCUGCUGAACCCCUUCACCGGGGCCCGCGUCGAGCUCCCUCCGGCCGACGAGGACGUCGCGGCUGCCUCCUCGAUGAACGUGUCCAAGAAGGACGGCCGGUGGGUGCUCCACCCCGAGGACGACUACGGGAACGCGGCUGCUGCCAAUCGUGCUCUCCGCGCCGCCUGA